CAUGUCCUCACAUUCACUUGCGACAUUCUUUACUGCCUAGGGUGGCUGGCGUUGUCUUAAAUGCAGCUAAUUAGACUUUGACAGUAAAAAAAAAAAGAAAAGCGCGUUUCGUAGUCUUAAGUUUGAUAGAGACCUGUGCAACAUAACUGGGACUCCCAGUCUGGGAGACACUUACAGAAGUAGUGUACAAGCUGAGACAUGCCCGAUCCUGGAUCUAGUGAAAAUGGCUCCAAGGUUUCAGACCCACAACAUUCACAGAGACUCCUCAGGGUCCUUCGCACGUUCUGGCAAGAACAAAGUUUUCAUGAUGCAUUGCUGGUGGUCGAUGGAGAGGAGCUUCCUAUCCAGAAAAACAUCCUGGCUGCUGCUAGCCCUUAUAUCAGGACUAAGCUGAACUACAAUCCUCCAAAGGAAGAUGGAUCAACAUAUAGGAUUGAGCUGCAGGGCGUCUCCAUGGCUAUAAUGAAACAGAUCCUGGACUACAUCUUCAGUGGGGAAAUCACUUUGAGUGAUGAGACCAUCCAGGACAUGGUACAGGCGUCUGACCUGCUUCUCAUGACCGACCUGAAGUCCCUGUGCUGCCAGUUCUUGGAGAAAUGCAUCACUGCAGAGAACUGCAUUGGCAUUCGACUCUUCUCUCUGCACUACUGCCUUUACCAUGUCCAUUACGCCGCCACUGAGUUCCUGCAGACACAUUUUCGCGAUGUAGUGCUCACCGAGGAGUUCAGAGAGCUGCCCACAGACCGUCUCUGCGAGGUGCUUUCCAUGGAGAAGCUGAAUGUGGGCAACGAGAAGCACGUGUUGGAGGCUGCAGUACGAUGGUUUUCACAUGACCCAGAGGAUCGCAGGGUGCAUAUGAAGGAAGUGAUGUCUGCAGUGUGGCUGCACGGCUUGGACGUCAGCUACCUUAGAGAGCAGGCCAUGGGGGAGCCACUGAUGAGAGAGGUGAUCAGAGAGUACUGCCAGCCGGUGCUGGGGGAUGUUCAGCUGCACGGAGCAGAUUUGCUCGCUGCCUUCAAACCUCGAGGUUACUCUGAAUGUAUUGUUAUUGCUGGAGGAGAGAAUCGCACAACCAGAAAGCCGACUGCUGUGACGCGCUGCAUGUGCCCGCUCUACGACGCCAACAGACAGACCUGGAUCGAGCUGCAGCCGAUGAGCAACGCCCGCAUUGGCCACGGGGUGGUCGCUGCAGAGGGUUUUCUGUUUGUGAUGGGAGGAACAGAUGAACAUAACACAGUCCUGGAUACUGGAGAGAAAUAUGACCCUGACUCCAACAUCUGGAGUCCCAUACAGUCAAUGCUUCAGGCUCGUCAGAACUUUGGCGUGGUGGAGCUGGAUGGUCUGAUCUACGUUCUCGGAGGAGAGAAUGAUAUAACAGAGCUAAUCACCGUUGAAGUGUUUGACCCUCACUUCAACACCUGGAAGAUGCAGACCAGUAUGACCAUGAUCCGCAAGGUUGGUUGCUAUGCCUCCAUGAAUAAGAAAAUCUAUGCCAUGGGUGGAGGCUCCUAUGGGAAGCUGUUUGACUCUGUGGAAUGCUUUGACCCCAAAACCCAGCAGUGGACUGGCCUCUGCCCUCUCAAAGAGAGAAGGUUUGGUUCGGUGGCCUGUGGUGUCGGCAAGGAGCUCUACGUGUUCGGUGGAGUUAGAAGCCAAGAGAACGAGAACCCUGAGCAAAGAGUCAUGAUGACCUGCAAGUCAGAGUUCUACCACGACGAAAUGAGGAGGUGGAUGUUGCUGGAUGACCAGAACCUGUGUAUCCAGACCAGUUCAUCCUUUGUUUACGGUGCUGUGCCCAUCGGAGCCAGCGUCUACGUAGUGGGAGACCUGGACACAGGUACAAGCUUCGACUACAUCCGAGAGUUUCGCCGCAGCACAGGGACGUGGCAUCGCACCAAGCCUAUGUUACCCAGCGACCUCUCAAAAACAGCAUGCGCUGCCCUACGCAUCGCCAACUGUCGACUGUUCCGCCUCCAGCUGAGUCAGGGCAUGUUCCGGAUCAGACUCUGACUGCAGGACGCCAGCCAGCGACCUUGUGUUGCCUCCAUACUCCUCUACUUUUGCACACUGGUACUUUGUAUCUGCUGUAGUUCUGGGUUUAGGGAAUUUAUGAGCACUGAAGUGUUACAGUCGCUAGAUAUUGAGAGUUGUGGUUGUCAGUUCAGGGGUUUAUACUUAAGACCCUUUUGCAGUUUGAUUUGAUGUGACAUUUCACCUUUGCACAUUUUUAACAUUAUGGGUUUAUGGGAAUUUUAUUAACCAAUCUUUUUUUUAUGUGGGAUUUGAACUUUUUUUUAUUUUUACUUUGACAGACAUUCCACAUUUGUAGCAUUUUCUGGUGAUCUGUUGCUCGGUGAGGCAUUUAAACAGUAAACAAUGGGUUAUAGACCAAAUAAUCACAUAACAAUUAUGAAACAAUGAUGCAUAUUUUUGAGAAAACAUGUUACCAGUACCAUUGUGAUACAGUUUGCAUUAUGUGGUUUUGUGGUGUAUGGUUUAUUUUUUCUGGCCGAAUGCAAACAAUGUAAACAGAGAUUAGCAGCAACCGCACUGGAGGCUAAGGGUAGAGAUUAUUUCAGUUAUCUAAAUGUAACGGUGGGAAGUCAGUUCCUUAGAAUCAGAGAACAAGGGGAUGCUUUGCAGCAUAGGGAGAAAUCUUCUCUCUGCUGCCACCAACCUCAGUACAGAGCAUUAUAUUCUGGCAGAGACCACAAUGCAAUGCAUCCACAGGCAGGCAUUUUGAGUGAAGGCAGUUACACUGUAACUGUAACUGUGUUUAUGAAUUCAGUGCCUGUUAGACAGUGCAACAUGACUCUAAUGAGACCUCAGUCCCAGUCCGCGGUAGACUAUACGUCAGCUUUCAGAUGUCAGAAUGUGCGAUCAGUGCCUGGAAAAUCUUGGUGCUGCAAUCAGCAGCACGUCAUCAGCUUGCAUCAUCAGUGUGUGCUUUCUACUUAGAAAUAAAGCAAGCUGAGGCCACAGCACAAACACUUUGUUUAUAUAUGUAGCUUUAUUUAAAAAUCUGUGCCUCCCAUUGUAUUCUGCGUUACAGAUGGUUCUAUUCUGAUUGGUUGUGUGUAGACUUUGAGAGUUACAUGGUGAGAAUUUGGUUCUAAAUUGCCAGCUGCCAAAUUUUGAUGCAGAAUAUUGCGACUAUCCUCCCAAGAAGGGUGCAAAUACAACCACCACAAAAUAUGUGUUUCUGUUCAAAGGGUGAUGACCCCAGCAGUCAUGGGAAUGUGUCUGUUGUCCCGUGGAAGCCAAGGGUGAAUUAGUGUCAGGUUUUCAUACAGCUAUAAAACCCUCAGAGUGAGGAGGAGGUCAGGCUGGAAGAAUGGGUCUGCAAAAUGUCUGACCUCAACAUGGGAAAUUGUUGCUGUUUCCUAACAGUCAGCAUUAGUUUCUUUUAGCCAUGACUACAAUUGUUCCCAUCAUUAACCAAAUAAGUUAUUAUUUUUAACCCUGACAUUGACGGUCCAUGAACUUUUAGCCAUUUUAACCCAAAAUUGUUAUCUUUCCUUUACCCUAACCAAACCUCAACUAGAAGAUUAGACGUGAAGGGAUGUUGUUGUGCUGAUAGGGGCAUCAGAAAACAGGUGAACAGUUACAAUAGACAUUCAUUUUUUGAGGAUUUGGAAGCUGUCUUUCGUCGCCAAACCUCUAAAUCAGCUGUCGAUGAACAGCUUUUGGCCACAUUUGUCUCACGGUGGUCAAUGUUGUCCACUUUUGUUUUUUUUUUUUUCAGCCUACAUAUUAAAGGCAUCAACUAUGCAGCAAAUUAAUCAUGAACAAUGUAGCAAAACACUAAACUAAGUAGUAGAUGAGGAAAGUUGAGGGAAAAGGUACAUCAAAAAUCAAAUCUCUUAGAAUACUUGUCAGAGACUUGUCAUAUGCACUAGAUGAUCUGAGGGUGGAUUUUUUAUAGAAAUUCUUCAUUGCACCCCCUUCAUUAAUAAGACUCCCGGACAGAUUACUUCCCCAUUUUCUCUAAAUGUUUGCACAUUAUCUGCCGAAACUCUUUACUUGAUUGUCAGCUUUUUAUUUUUUCAUUGACCAAGUUGUCCAGACUCAGCCUGUCCAGAAAUAGCCAUCACAGCCAGCGACAGUCUUGAGUUGCUGGUUGCGUUGCUGCCUGUGUAACCUCUGACCUGACUUUCCAGUCAGUACAGUUUUGGCAUCCCUUGACUCCAUUUGUGCUUUGUGAGUUACAGCUGAUGCUGUCUGUCCUCAGCUCAGAGGUUAGUACAUACAAAGUAGACACACACACUCGGGGCUGCAUAUUUAUGUCCAAACCUGAGUUUGUGCUGCAUUUUUUGUAUAGCCCUUGUCCAUAUAAUACCAUGGAUAGCGUUGUCAUGCACUUAUCCAGCUCAUCACUUAAAUUUUUAAUAGCCUUAGAACUUAUUGUAUAUUAGACUAAAGAAGCAUAGAUUCAUUUAAAAGUGCAAUUAUGCCUGAUUAGCUUACAGUUUGACCUACAUGGUCAAGCCUGAACAUGAUUUCUAAAUUUCUGUCCAAACCAGACCCAAACCCUCAGGUACUGAUGGGUCCCACCAGUCUCAGUUUGGGAAUUCACCCUAAAGUCACACCUCACACACUGCCUUUCCACUUCAUUUUCCCCCUUGCAGUCCCCGGGCCUUGUGUAACCUUAGCAGUAAGUAGUAACUAACAUUUUUGAAUUUUGUACAGUUUGUGCAACCAGGCAUCCAUAAUUUACUGCUAUGAAGCAGGGCAUGAUGGGAGGAGCCAGAAGUGGUUAGGAGCAGCUCAUGGUGUCAGUUCGGUUUGAUCCUAAUAGCUGAAAAGAAAUUAGAUGGAGAGCUUUAAAGUCAAAACUGACUAAUAGAUUGUAAGUACUAAGUUUUACACUUAACUCACCGCUGUGUUCAGGUGCACCAUGUCCACCGAGGCUAGAACUUUACUAGUCACACAUGUAGUCAUAAAGAGUAGUGACAUUUGUGUGCUAGAAAACCUUGAUCUUGGUGGCAGAAUUCGGCUGAAGUCACCACCUUGACAUUUAAAACUGUCCUUAAAGUUUUCCCCGCUGCUAUGAAGCCAUGCUUUUUUCCCAGUUUCUUUGUAGCACCUCCAGUUGUUUGCAAAGAUGUAGCAGUGCACCUGUAAAGGUUAGGGACAGAAGUGAAUCCAGCAUAGAAAUCACAUGGAUUGUAUCAUUUACUCCACAUGUAAGUAAAGCAAGCCAAGGCAGUUUUAUUUAUACUGUAUAGUACAUUUCAAAUAGGCAAAGUGCAUUAAAACCAGAAUAAAAUCAAUUAAAUAAAAUUUUUUUAAAAUGAAAAUGAAAACAAAUGGACAAAGACGAUCAAACAACUGUGCAGCAGGUACAGGGCAGUAAUACGUUGUUGAAGAUAAACUAGACAGUCAGCAGAGUUCAGUUUGGAUUUAAAAGUGACGAGAGUUAGGGGACAUUUAAGUUCAUCAGCAAGUCGGUUUCAUCUGUGUGCAGCUUUGCCCUGUUUGGUUUUGACCCGGGAUUCUACCGACUGACUGCUGCCUAAAGAUCUGAGUAUUGCACAGCACCAAGCCAAGUCCAUGUCAUCGUCAGUCUAAGGAGAUGCUGUUUGCUCCCUGAAUGAGAAAAUUCUCCAAUUAGUUUAUACCAUUUUCUUUCUAUCCCUGUUGAGCCUAAGCUUUUAAGGCAGCAUAGCUGGUGCAACUGGCUGCAGGUCUCGUAACACUGUACAUGAACAGUCAGCGACUACGUUUUUAUGCCUCCGUGCCGGACAUGGCUGCAACCGGAGGCGUUAUAUUUCAGGUUAUCCAUAUGAACAUCUGUUUGGCCCAAACUUGUGAAUGUGUUGUAUCAGGAAUGCUUUGAUGAAAUUUCUUCAAAUCUGGCACAAGUGUCCACUUGGUGGCCAAAGGUCAGUGACCUCAUGUCUGUCCCAUCCCCAUAAAUUUGACUGGUUGACGGAGGCUUGCAACCAUGAAGUAGUAAUUCUAGUUUCUGUUGUAAAUGGUUUGUUUUUAUACGAUGUAAAAUAAAUGAGAAGUAAAAAUUGGCCAAACUGCAGUUGAAGCUUACACAUAAAAAACACAACAGCAUGUUUCUGCUGAUAUGACACACCAGCUGAAUAUGAAAGGAUUUCCUGGGGCUCAUCAUCACACUCAGAACACUAAAUGGCAUCCUGUCUAUGAAUAUUGUUUCCUUAUUUGUGCAUAGACAACAUUCCGUAGUGUCUUAUCAUUUACAGUAAGUACUAAGUUUCUGAGCUGCUCUGCAAUUGUUCUCACACAUUAACAGCUUCUGACUGACUGUUGUGAUACACUGGAACAACCCCAAAAGGAAAUAACGGUCUAAACUAGAAAAUAGUCUAGUUUCAACCCAAGUUGUGUUGUGAAAGAUGGGGAGUGAAACUGUUGUUUCGGUUUGUACUUGUGUAACUGAUGCAUGAGGAGGUUUUGUAAGACGUUUCCCCAGAGUGUCAUUCAUUUACGUCAGAGGAAUUAAAUCACAAAAGGUGUCAUCUUUACACCCUACCCCUUUUGUUUUGCUACUUUUUCUUUGUGUGCUACCAAACACCAAGUGCUUACUUAUGAGAACUGAAAGCUGAGAGAUUUAACUUUAGUUUUUACUGCCCAUUUUAUAUUAUAUAUGAUGUAUAAACUACUGAAAACUCAUAACGGUCCCUAUUAAUGAUAAAUGCACUGCUUCUCAGCUACAGUAGCUUCUAUUUCUGUGCUUUAUAUUAGUGAUGAUGACAACACAGAUGUUUCUCUAUGUAACAGAGGCAUUUCUGUUAUUUAGCGUAGCCUCAGUGAUAUAAAAGAGGUGGACAAAAUAACUGAAACACCAAACACUAUAAGUACAUUCAACCACAUCCUGCAUCGGGCUCAUCCCCUGGGAAGUGUGGAAGUGCUCUCUACAGCUUUAUGUUACAGUGCUCGUAUAUAGAUUUGGCUUAAUUUCAAAAAUACAGUUAAACUUUUCAAAACGGGUUUGACAUUCUCAUCAACUUGUAGUUUCUUCUGUACAACAUAAGAGCAUUUCUCAUUGUUUCUCUACAAAUAGUGAUUGUUUCUGCAAAUGAUUGAGUACAGUUGGCUACCACAUUAACAAUAAUCAGUUCUGUAUGUUCUUUUGGUCAAAAUAGAUCCUAGCUUUUCAGUUUCUAAACAUUUAAGGAUUACUUCACUGUUCACAUUGUACAUAUUCACAUAAAUGUAAGCAAUUUUCAAAAUAUGUCAAGGCCUCAACUGGUUUGAUUGCACAUAGAGAGAUGCACUUCUGUAGAUAUUCACAUGCCCCCUUCACUUGUUGCACAUUUUAUAAUUGCAAUUUUUUCCACUUCAAAAUAACUGAGUAAAAUGUGCAACAAGCAAAGGGGGCUGAAUACUUUCCAUAGUGACUGUAUAUACCGGCUGUCAGGUGAAACUUCAUUUAUGGGAGUGUCUCAUAUCAGCCAAGGAGGCUGAGAAACUUCCGAAUCACCAUUGUCUGUUAUUGGACCUGUGGUUAUGUGACCAAUCAGACGGGACAGGACUCUGUUUUUCGAUGUAGCGCUGUAAUUUUGUACACUGUGAUUUUGUGUUGCUACAUUGUUUGAUAUUUUGUUUCCACACUUUCCACAUAUUUUGUUGGAGCAUAACAUUUAUUUAUACAGUGUUGUGCCAGUGUUCUGUUACAAUGUUAAUCAAUUACACUGUUUUGAAAUGACAGUAAAUUUUCCGCGCACUGUCCUACUGACAAAACAGCCGAACAUUUUGAGAACUUUAACCUACACAAUGUUAAUGGAACAUUUCAUUUAGACAGCUGACUUAUUAACAUGAGGAUUUACUUGUCACAUAAGCUAAAGGUUUUGAGUGAAGUAUAGCCUGUUUCUGAUGUGUCAUGCUGUGUAUAUAUAAACUGUUUUCACAACUGUAUCUUCAACUUUGAGAAUGAUAGUGAUCUUUCAAAGAAGCUACUGAGGAAAAGUGUAAUGUGGAUCUGAUGGUGGCACCAGAGGCAAGGUCAAAAUGUUAAUUGUGCUCCAUCUGUCAUGAAUGUCUAAAACAGAUUACAUGAAAAGUUGACCAUUAGCUUUCAGAGUAGCUUGUCACAGACCUAAGUGAAACUUUGGCCUGACAGCGGCUGUGGUUGGAGGUGGUCAGCAGCACCAUUAAGAAUCAUCCUCUGGGAACUGUGUGUCACAAAUGUCAUGGUCAUGUGGAUAGCAGUUUUUGAGAUAUCUUGUUCUGCAAGUCAUGGAUACAUAAGCUGCUCCUUUGCUGCCACUAGCAGG